AGGCUUGUGAAGGGAUGUAGGUGCUGGGGCGGGGGGUGGCGCUUUGUUUUAAUGGAGUAAUGAUUUUUUUGGCCCUGUUCUCUCUCUCUCUCUCACCUUGUGCACUGAAAUCUCCAGCCUCCUGGGCAAAGGGAUCCCUGCUGUAACUACUUAAGUCAAUGAAGUUUCAGUGUUGGUGGAUAUGGCCUGUUAAUUUUUAACAUGUAGCUGCAACUGAGAGUAAGUGAGUCCUGGUUCCUAAUACAGCAGCAUAGCUUGCCUAACGCAAAGGAGGAUGUGAGGAAAGUAGCUUGAGACUGUGGCUUGUUGGGGUCACAGUGGGAGUCAAUGGGAGGCAGUUCCACUAUUAACACUAUUCUGCACUUCUAGCCCUGGUGGUGAUGGGAAACUCUUCUCCCUUAAGAGAUGAGAUGUAAAUAUAGAGCAAGGCAGUUUAGCCACUUCCCCUGCCAUGCUAUAGAUGAGAUGAUAAGGUGAGACCACUCUAGCUUUCCCCAGAUGCACUCCAUAAAGGGGACAGGAAAUGGUAAGUCACUGCUGAAUGAUUCGCGGUAGGCAUCAGCACUGUUUUUGGGCAGAGUACCAAAAACACCCACAACCUUGACUUGGAAGAUGUUGGAACGCCAGGGCGGGUGGUAGGGGAGCAGCAGGGGGGCCAAUCCUUGUUGUGCCAGUGCAGCCUUAGCCACUUCCCUGCCAUCUGCUUGGAGGCAUGUGCACCAAGCAAAAUGCCUUCACUUGCCACAUUCUGGCACGCAUGCUGGGGGGUUGCCUACCCCUGAUUUGGAGGCUCAGGGAACAGACUUCCUUGCUGUGACUCCUGGCUAGUCAGCCCUGUCCUAGAGGUCCCUAUCAGCCUGGAAAAGGGACUGUGCUCUAAAGGCACUUGGAUUGCAUACUAAUGUAGGAAGAGUUUUUGUUUUCAGUCCAUCACUCCGCCAGAGCGGACUGCAGAGGGCUUGAGACACCCCUUCACCAUGCUUUAAAAAAAGGAAUGCAUUCACACCUGGAGUUCACUGAGAAACUUGCUUGGUUUUUUCUGUUAAAAGUGAACAAACUUAGUCCCGCUAUCAAACUACUCGCUCAAGCUGCAUUCAACAUUUGGGGUUCUCUUAGGUAAGAGCUACUCCCUUCAAAUCUUAAAAGAGAACAUUGCAUAACUGCUCACUCUGAUAGGUGCCGUUAGGAGGAAAAGGACCACAAGCAGAUUAGACUCUAAUACCUGGAGGUCUUUUAUACAGUGGUUCAUCUACAGACUUAAUAUCUCUUACAAUAGAAAGUAAACACCAUUAUCUAGUAUAUCUACGUUGGGAUGACAAGGAAAUGAGGUACAGAGGGGAAAAUGUCCUGCCUAAAACCAUGCAGUUAGGCAGUGGCAGAGUGGGGAAAAAAACCUGGUUCUCCAGUGCCGUAUCCACCGCUGCUAUAAUCUGCUCAUGCUGUCUGCCACUAUGAGCAUUAACAUGACCUGGUUUCCCACCCUGACUGCUGCUAUGUUUGAUACAAGACCUGUCUGAUUGCUCAUCAUCUCAGCCCCAGAACCUCUUGUCUGUUUCCUGACCUUCUCUGCAGCCUAUACCUUCCCCAGUUUUGGUGGAAGAUCCUCCAGCCCCAUCUAAAAACAAACUGGGCAAGAACUGGCAAAUAGGGACCUGGUGUGAGAUGAGAAGAGAUCUCACCUGAGGGAAAUCCAGUGGAAGUUAGCAAGAGAGGAAAGAGCAGAGACAGCAAAACAGUCUGGUGCGUGAGGUGAGAAGCAGAGAGCAUCCAUCAGCAACAGCAGAGAGCAAGCCCAGUUCCUCCUCACAUCUGGCAGCAAGUCCCAGCCUGGCCAGUACAAAAGGGACCGACUGGGAUUGUACAGCCAGCAAAUAGAUCAGCAAGAGCUGAUGAGCUGCUGAACGAGGAGAGGGGAGGGAAGCUGGAAGCAGAGCCCACCCACCCUGCACAAGUGCAGGAGGUGAGCACGGGCUCUUUGUGAGCAGCAAGCUGUAAAAGAAAGAAAAGUGUGUGCGCGCGCUUUGGAGAAAGGUGGCUGAGAGCUGGGGAGAAUGCCAGGCUGUCUGCAGGAGCUUUGGAAAGAAGCAAAAGGUUGGAGCACUUCCUGGGACCGGGAGAUCUGGCGGAGCUGCGGGAGUUUGAGAGCUGGGAGAAUCGCUAACUGCGACACUGGGAUGCUAGCAGAGGAGUGACAAAGACAUAGCUUUGUGCUGAUGGGGACUUAGUGCUGGUGAGAUCCCUGAGGACAGCAAGGACACAAAGGGAACUCAUGGAUGGGCUUUACUUCUCCAGAGAGGCAGACGGGCUGGCAACGAUCAAUGACACCCUCAGCAGGGAGAGCUGGGGGGAGGAAGCCAACUCAGAGCUGUCCCUUCGGGUGGUGACAGGUGUCCUCCUCUUCCUCCUUAUCCUGUCCACCCUCUUGGGCAACACCCUGGUGUGCGCGGCUGUGGUCAAGUUCAGACACCUACGUUCCAAGGUCACCAACUUCUUUGUCAUCUCGUUGGCUGUCUCCGACCUCUUUGUGGCUGUGCUAGUGAUGCCCUGGAAGGCAGUUACCGAGGUGGCUGGCUUUUGGCCCUUUGGGGGCUUCUGUGACAUCUGGGUGGCCUUCGACAUUAUGUGCUCCACUGCUUCCAUCCUCAACCUGUGCGUCAUCAGUGUGGACCGCUACUGGGCCAUCUCCAGUCCCUUCCGCUAUGAAAGGAAGAUGACUCGGCGCGUGGCUUUUGUCAUGAUCGGGGUGGCAUGGCUGCUCUCCAUCUUGAUCUCCUUCAUCCCUGUGCAGCUGCAGUGGCACAAAGCCAGCGAGCUCCUUCCACCCCAAGAGUUGAGCUUCAACAUCAGCCAGGAGGAGAACUGUGACUCCAGCCUCAGCCGGACCUAUGCCAUCUCUUCCUCCCUCAUCAGCUUCUACAUCCCGGUUGCCAUCAUGAUUGUGACGUAUACACGGAUCUUCCGCAUCGCCCAGCACCAGAUUCGCCGCAUCUCCUCCCUAGAAAGGGCAGUGGAGCAUGCCCAAAAUUGCCACAGCAGUGACUGUUCGCAUGAGGCCUCCUUGAAGAACUCUUUCAGAAAGGAGACCAAAGUCCUCAAGACCCUCUCCAUCAUUAUGGGUGUCUUUGUCUUCUGCUGGCUGCCCUUCUUUGUGCUCAACUGCAUGGUGCCUUUCUGCGACUUCAGUCGGCAUGAACCUGGUGAGCUGCCUUGUGUUACUGAGACAGUCUUCAACAUCUUCAUCUGGUUUGGCUGGGCCAACUCCUCCCUCAACCCCAUCAUCUAUGCUUUCAAUGCUGACUUCAGGAAAGCCUUUGCCACCAUCCUAGGCUGCAAUCGCCUCUGCCCCAGCAAUGCAGUGGAGACAGUGAACUUCAGCAAUGAGCUGGUUUCCUACCACCAUGACACCACCUACCAGAAAGAGGUGGUGACCCUCAGCUACCCGCACAUCCUCCCCCAUGCCGCCAUGCAGGCAGAAGACCAUGAGGUGACUUUCGACAAGGUGUCUCAAAUUUCCCAGACUUCGCACAACAACCAUCCCGGUCCUGUCUUACCUGCUGUGGUCCACGUGGAGUGUGAGGUGGCUGUAUCACUGGAAAAGAUCACGCCAUUCACCCCCAGUGUCAUGGGUUGAAAAGGGACUGGGGGCAGGGAGCAUGGGGAGGGCAGACAUAGCAGACAAUACCCUGCUGCAAUCAAUCAGUUUCUGAGAAUGUGACAACGCACAGAGCGGUUAUGGGGCAUGGGGGUUGCAUGGGGUCACCUUUCCUGUCUUUCUGGCAUAACCAACAUGACUUUCCAGGGGAUCAGAAAGCUCAGGGGAUCUGAAGCAGGGUAUGGUGCUUUCCCCUCUAAUGUUGGGGGUUCAAACCCAGCCCAGGCUGGCACUCAAUGAAAGCUUCAGGUGGCCUCUGAUUCACAUUCAUAUUCUGCGAGUACAGUAGAGAACUAGGCCGCAAUUUUAGGGGGAAGAGGCUGAACGUGGUGGCUUUAUUGCUCACCCCUAUUCUCAGUCAUACUACUGUGUCUUGUUCCCUUUCUUAGUUUUUUCUCCUCCCCUUUCACCCAUGGUCUCUCCAAACCUCCUUCCUCCCUGAGUACUCUCCACACUGUCUCAGCUGCUGCCUCAUUUCAAUAACAAUUGUUUUUAAAGAUUCUCUCUUUUCUCACUCACCUGUACUUUUUAAUUAGCAUCUUCUUUGCAUAUUCAAACUUGAGUCUAGUAGCUCCAGCGUCAGGGUGGAACUGCCACGGGAGCAGCUCCUUGCCUUUCACUGCAAAAAGGUGACAUGGGUUAUUUUAGCAGUGUGUUUUGACAGGUACUUGUUUAAACAUUUGCAGCAGAAAACAUUGCAUGUCCAUGCCACCCUGAAUCCAAGGCAUCUGCAGCUCCUUGGCACUGCCAAAACGCCUUGUCGUCUUUCUCCCCAAUAAACCUUAACAAAGAGAAAAAUCAGAAGGUGAUAAUUAUAGUGUAACAGUAAUUAUUAAAUACAGCCCAAUUACAGUCAAGUCACAGCACAGUGGGCGUGGGAGAGGAGCACAGCACACUGUGCUCCUGGGGUCGUUCUUACAAUUUCUCUGUGGAAGCAUGGAUAGGACUGACUGUUGCUCAUAACCAGCUCAGAAUAGCGGAGGGGUGGUGGUGGGAGAGUGGUUAGAGCAGGAGUUAGGCUUUCAAGGCUGUAUCCUCUUGGAGAAAGUAUAUGUGAUUCACUUACAUCCUUGCACAAGACCCAGACCAAAGUGAGUCCUAGCCUGGUUGAGUCCUUGGGGUAUUUAGUGGGUUAUGUGUGAUAAAUAAUAAGGAAGGUCCUCUCAAAAUGAACUUCCUAAUGGCCCAUGGGAGUCUGGACUCCAGGGGAGUGUUAGAGGGGGUGGGACAGGGGCCAGAAUUGUGGUUUUACUGCUGACCUAGGCAGAUCAUUUAGCUUCUCCCUCUUGGUUUCUCUGUCUGUAAUGAGUCUAAUAAUACCUACCUCACAGCAGUGUUGUGAGGCAUAAUUAUGAGCAUGCAUGAAAUGUUUUGCAAAGGGUGCUUAGCAGAUAGCACCAUUACCUCUGACAAUGGUUGGUUAAACCUGCAACAUACCAGACAAAAGAGAACUUGGCCCUUUGACCUGGAGCUGACCAGACAGGAGUGAAUGAGCACAGCUGGGGGAUAAAAAGAAUCUUUGUCUGCUUUGAAACAGAGGGUGUUUCAAAUAGCCCUUCAAGGUUCUUUGGGUAAAUUUGAUAUCUAUUAUUAGAGCAACUCAAAUAGUUGGAAAAAUUCUUCUUAGCAAGCUUUCGGGUAUUUAUACCCGAAACACAGCCACAACCUAUACCCCUGUCAACUAGCCCGUGUGUGUUUUACUUGAGCCCUUGUGUGCAUGUUGGGAUGAGGUGGCAGUGGCAAAGGUCCCUUCUUCCAUUCCCGGAGGCUGGUUCUUUCCUCCAGUGUCUGUUCAUUCCUCCAGCUUGUAUCGCAAUGCUUGUUUUGUGGCCUGGCAACAUGCACCAGUGAUUGAUCCCUUCCUUGUUUUUGCAGUAGAAUAGUCAAGAGAAUGACUAUAAACUGAACUCACGGUCUCUGGGACACUGGCCUCUUUGUGCAAGAGGGGCUCCCGAUGCCCUGGCUGGGAUAUGGACAGCAACUUCAA